UCAUGUGAGUCGCCGAGCGGCUGUGUCCGGCGUGUUCGGAAGGCGCUUACUUAUUUCGAACGACAGAAGUAGCGAGAAAAAAAAAGCAAAAGGACGACGGCGAGCAGGAAUUACGGAGAAGAGCCGCUGCCUUUCACGUUAUGGUCCUUCAUGAAGCUCUAUAAUGGUGUCAAGUCUGCUAGCAGGGACAUUCUAAGAGAGUUGCAGGCACAAGGAGAGCAACCAAACAUGAUGUCGCCCAAAGAUGACCCCAGGGAUCAAAGACUCGUCCACCUCAAGCAGGAGUCCUGUGAAUGUGGCUUAGCCCACCUCUCGGCAGCCAGUCCCUGUCUGAAGGAGGAGGACGAUGAGGUGAGCAUCUCCUUUUUCAAAGAGGAAGAGUUUAAAGGUGAGCCAUUUGGCAUUAAACAGGAGGAUCGUGAGCACAUCCCCAUUAGCCUUCCACAGCCCACCCAUCCCGCAGAAUCCAGUUUACAAGCAGGAAGGCCUCCCCCUAGCUCGCCACGUCUCAAAGUUCCAAAGCUGGAAGACGUCCCCCAGGCGAUGUGUGACGGGACAGAAGCAAAGGAGCAGCAGUCGUCAAGAUGCCUGCCGGAAACACCUUUACAAGAAAGGGGCAUCUUCCUGACGUCUUCCUUUUCUCUGCCCCCCUUCCAGCAGAGCAUGCAUGAUGACAAAAUGAAGGGAUUGACAUCAAGGUCAGAGCGUUUGGUCCCGGUCUCUUUGCAAUAUAGUUUUCUGCCUGUUAUGAAGUUAACGAGGAUAGACGCCAUCAGUGCUCCACAGGUGUAUGGCGCAAGCCCGGUGCUUUUGUGCAUCUCCCAGGAAGGGGGGAACGUUUCUAAACAUAAAACUGAUGAUGAAAAUAACCAAUGGAACCAAGAGCGGCAGAAGCCAUAUUGCUGCGCGGAAUGUGGCAAACGAUUCUCCCAUAAAGGCAACUUUCAGAACCACCAAAGAAUUCACACUGGGGAGAGACCUCAUCGUUGUAUUCUAUGUGGCAAACGUUUCUUGCAAAUCAGCCAUCUGCAGAAACACACAACAACCCAUACGGGAGAGAGGCCUCACGCUUGUACGAGAUGUGGUAAACGCUUCUCGCAGUUAGGCCAUCUGCAGAGACACACGAAAAUUCACAUUGGGGAGAGCCCUUGUGCUGACUGGGGUGUUGUAAAGGAUUUUAAGAUGUAAGCAAAAUUUACUGCCACUUAGGAGUAAGUGCUGGGGAGAAAUCUUAUUUCUGAUCUGAAUGUGGCAAACGCUUUUCACACAGUCUGGAGAGGGCUUUAAAGAAUUCACACCAGAGGACAGUGAUUCACAAUUGAGGAGCUUGUCAAAUGAAUGUACCUUGUGCACAAAAUUAACAGCACAAGAUAACGAGUCCAGUUGCCAGUUGAAGAUAACCAGGUGGUCACGUACUGCUGCAUCCUAAUCCAGGUUUUCAUAAUCUGCAAAGGCGUUAAGUAAGUAGAUCCAGCUGCAUUCUUUUAAUUUAACAGUGAAUUGAGCAUAUUGGUGGACAUUUAAAAGGAAGAAAUUCAUCUAAAAGUGAAGCCGGGAAGAACUCCUUUACACCGAGAGUUGUGGGAAACUGAAACAAACUACUGAGACACCUUGACAGCCUUUAGGAAGGAUCUGGACGAGACGCUGGGACAGCUUAGCACUUUGCCAAACAUAUGAGUGACCGAUGGACUGAAUGGGCUCCUCUCGGUUCUCGGAUGGCUUGUGUUCUUGCUGCUGCUGCUGCUUUUUCCUACUGGGGGCUGAAUUUCUAACUGAGGCACGUGCACAAAACUGCAGUCCAGAAAGCUCAAGUUCCCAUUACAAGGAACGGUACGGGUACUACAAACGUGAGGGUGUAAGAGCAGCGCAACCAAACUGAAAUGACUUGAAGAGAGCAUUUCACUGCCGUCUUCAUAGUAAGCACAGCGUGGGAGGGUGGGGUGGAAUCUGAAGCAAUGGACCCCGAAAAAGACAACUGUAAAACCCCGUUGGUUUUCUGGUCGCAAUGGAUGCCUUCAAUUUAAGCCAUAACAGGCUAGCCUGCUUAGGAAGCUGUUGGAACAGGUGGGCUUUGUGAUGUAGGAGACUUUGACUGCGGUGGGCUUGAUGUUGGCCAAUAGGGGCGUAACACAUCUCAAACUUCACAAGUUUAAUUUGUGCCCCCCCACCACCACACACACCCCUUCUUAGUGUUUUAAUAUCUGCAUUUGGUCUCCACUAUAGUAAGGUACUUGCCUAGAACUGUCAAAAUGUUGAGUUGUCAUUUAAAUGGGCGGGCUGUGGGCUCUAAGACACCCACCAUAGCUUGAGUUGUAUGCAAAUGACUGACUGGCUGACAUGGAGGGAGCAGGGGGACCUGAGACGAUGUGGGUUCGCUCUACAGCUCCCAUCGUCCUGAUGGGGGUCCUGAACCCAACACCGUCGAUUAAUGUCACCGACAAAUGAGGACAGUUCACAAAUGAAGCCAGGGAGAGACUGAUACAGUAAUCCCUCCUCGAUCGCAGGGGUUGCAUUCCAGAACCCCCCGCGAAAGGUGAAAAUCCGCGAAGUAGAAACCAUAUGUUUAUUUUUAUAUAUUUUAAGUCCUUAUAAACUCUCAUGGUCUCACAUGGUUUAUAAAUAUUUCCCGUACAGUAAUACAGCAUAAACCCUUUAUAUUCUUAGUUAUUAGGUAAGAUUCGUUGAAAUUAUGUAUGUAAACACAGUUUAUAUACUACUCACAAACAUACGUAUUGUAUAUCAUUGAGGAGUUUUAUUUAAUACGUAAUAGUUUUAAACAUAUUGUAAUUGAGUAGGUAAUAUAAAAAUACGUGAAAAAUCUGUAACAUGUAAAUGCUGUACAUUAAACCAAAAUGUUAUUUUAAAGAUACUGUAGAGCGUCUCCCAUAUCACAUUUCGAAAGACAGGCCACCAGCAAUUACUACCUAUAAUGCAAGAAAAAUUGUAUAAAAUGUGUGCACAGUUACAAUAAACGUACAUACAUGUGCUAAGUAGGUAGAAAAAUAGUUUUGGGUACUCGCCAACUUGUCAGAUAACGAUGAUAUUUACUGCACUGUCACAGCUCUUCUAAAGGAGCCUCUUCAGGCGACUGUGUAGCACCGCCGUCAUCGUCUUGUUCCACUGAAGGCGUACUAGGCAGUGUUUUGCGGGUAAGGAACAUCGUGAUGGGCAGUUGCUGGCGCUGCUUUUUCAUUUGUGUAAAGAGGUUCUUAUGCACUUCCGUGGCGCCGUCAAGAGCAUUUUUAAAUUACAAAGAACGAAUCAUUUGUGGGUCCCAUUCUUCAACUGAUGUCUGGAGAUCUUUUUGCCAGUCGUAGAAUGGUCGUGAGACGCUCGAGAGUUAGGCCGGCGUCGUCGUCGUCUUCCUCUGCUGGGUUGUCUUGUUCUUCCUCGCUCGCUGAAUCUCGGCCAAAUCUUCGUUCGCUCGGAGUGGGCAUCGAGCAGCUCAUUGAUGUCAUCACUGGUCAUGUCGUUGAAUCCCUCUCCUCCUAGCAGUUUUGCCAGCCUGACUGCCUUGUCGACCACCGAGUCAUGAAUUUCUUCUGCAGAAAAGCCCUUAUGGUCAUGCACAAUUUCUUCCAGCAGGUAUUAACCGUCUCUUUUUUCAUAUAUUAAGGGCCUUCUGCACGUUCACCAUACACGAUGUGAUCACGUACUUAGAUAGAUAGAUAGAUAGAUAGAUAGAUAGAUAGAUAGAUAGAUAGAUAGAUAGAUAGAUAGAUAGAUACUUUACUAAUCCCAAUGGGAAAUUCACAUUCUCCAGCAGCAGCAUACUGAUACAAUAAACAAUAUUAAAGAGUGAUAACAAUACAGGUAUACAGACAGACAAUAACUUUGUAUAAUGUUAACGUUUAUCCCCCCCGGGUGGAAUUGAAGAGUCACAUAGUUUCGGGGAGGAACGAUCUCCUCAGUCUGUCAGUGGAGCAGGACGGUGACAGCAGUCUGUCGCUGAAGCUGCUCCUCUGUCUGGAGAUGAUCCUGUUUAGUGGAUGCAGUGGAUUCUCCAUAAUUGAUAGGAGUCUGCUCAGCGCCCAUCGCUCUGCCACAGAUGUCUAACUGUCCAGCUCCGUGCCAACAAUAGAGCCUGCCUUCCUCACCAGUUUGUCCAGGCGUGAGGCGUCUUUCCUCUUAAUGCUGCCUCCCCAGCACACCACCACAUAGAAGAGGGCGCUCGCCACAACUGUCUGAUAGAACAUCUGCAGCAUCUUAUUGCAGAUGUUGAAGGACGUACACCAGUACUCCUUCAGGGAAAAGUCAUCGUCCGUGUCCAUUGCCUUGACCAUGUGUUGCAGGCUGUUCCUUGUGUACAAUGUCUUGAAAGCCCGGAUAACUCCACCGAUUCAGCCAAUGGAUCAAAGAUGUCGUAUUUGGUGGCAGGAACUCUAUUUUUACACCUUGGUAGGAUAGAUCCAAGGGAUGGCCUCCAGCAUUGUCCAGAAGUAAAAGGACUUUGAAAUCCAGCCCUUUAUCUGCCAGAUAGAUCUUUUCCAUCCAUCCAUCCUUUAUCCAACCCGCUGAAUCCGAACACAGGGUCACGGGGGUCUGCUGGAGCCAAUCCCAGCCAACACAGGGCACAAGGCAGAAACCAAUCCUGGGCAGGGUGCCAACCCACCGCAGAUAGAUCUUUACCUCCGGGAUGAAAUAUUGGUGAAACCAAUCCGACGUUAGGCGUUUCGUAAUCCAGGCCUUCGGGUUGUGCAUCCAGUACACAGGCAGCAGGUUUUUAUUCUUAUUUUUCAGGGCCCGGGGUUUUUUUUUGGACUUAUAAAUGAGCCCAGGCUUUAUCAUAAAGCCCGCAGCAUUGGCGCACAUGACAAGCGUGAUGCGAUCUUCGUGAGCCUUAAACCCCGGGGCUUUUGCCUCUUCCUUCAUGAUUAAAAGUACGAGACGGCAUCCGUUUCCAAAAUAGGGGCCGUCUCAUCCCGUAUUAAACACGGUUUCAGGCCUGAUAUCCGCCUUCCUCAAUGAUCGCCUUGAAUGUGUCGGCGACAAAUUUCUCGGCUGCGGCUUUGUCUGCGGAGGCAGCCUCACCUUGCAGGUUAACACUGGCCAAGUUGAACCUUUUCUUGAAUUUUUCAAACCAGCCCUUGCUGGCAGUAAAUUCACGGUUCUCGCUGGGGGAUUCAGCAGAAGUUCCAGGUUGAGGGACGUCGUCUAGGGCAUCUCCGGCAUCCGCAAACCUAUCAUAAAGUUGCUUGGCCUUUUCUCGGAUGAUAUUGGUGUCUACGGGGAUGUUCUUCUUCCGGCAGUCUUCGACGCAGAUUCCAUCCGGACUACUGCCUUAUUACGUCCUCUUACGCUUCGUUUCACAUCCUGGUUAAAGGACACUGCAGCCGUAGAUCGUAUAUUGUUUUCCUCCUUCAUAAUAUAACGAACCAUGGACUCGUUGAUGCCGUAGUGGCGUCCUACAGUGGCGUAGCUUUUCCCUUCCUUCAACAUGUCCAACAAUUUUACCUUUUCAGCAAUUGUUAGCAUCUUCCGUUGGCGCUUCAGCACGGCCCCAGAAGCGGUAGCAGGAGAAGAUCGCUUUGUAGACAUAAUGAAGUGCUUGACUACAGUACACACAAAGAAACACGUUGAUGCUGAAUGAGUGAGACGAGAUGCCGGCUUUAAGUGAAAUCGAAUUCUGCGCUCCCCAUCGCUGAGCCAGUCAGCACCCAGGAGCUUAACCGCAUGCUCUGAUUGGGUAGCUUCUCAGCCAUCUGCCAAUAGUGUCCCUUGUUUGAAUUCAAAUGGGCAAAUCAACUGAGGAAGCACACGUACCGUAGACCGCACACGUACCGUAGACCGCAGACAUCCGCGAAGCAGAGACCAAUCCAUGAUAUCUAUUCACAUAUGCUUACAUAUAAAAUCCGCGAAAGUCGAAGUGCGAUAUAGCGAGGGAUUACUGCAUUUCCAAAAGUGCUUUUAUUAAAGCAAUCAAAACUCUUUACUCUCCGUACUUUCCAGCCCACCUCCAUCUCUCUUUCUCCCCAGCUCACCCAUUGCUGCAUCAGCCGGUGGAGACCCACACACAGCCAACAAGCUCCUUCUGCCAACCUUCAUCUUGGCCUCCGUACGGAUGUCACUGCCAUCUUUCGCGCUCCUCAGAUCCCUCGGGAGGACACCUGCCCUGCUCACCCUUACUCCUCGAACAUUCAGUGGGGCGAACUUGUCCCCCAGAGCACAACCGACUAACGCUCCUUUGCGGGGUCCCCAGCUCGUUUGCCUUCCUGUUUUCAGGUGGCCAGAUCCUCCUGUUUAGACUGCCUUUCUCACGUCACUUUACCUCCUUUUCCUUCACCUCGAUCAAUCUCUACCGUUCUAGAUUUCUCCAUCCCCUAUUCUCUGGUGUCGACCCAUAUAUAUAUAUGCCUCCGUGGGGCGCAGGGCCUUAAUCAUGCACCGCAGGAAGCAAAUGAGGCAAUUGAGACUCGCUCCCACUACCCCAUUAAAUCCCUGCGGUUGUGCAGUCGCACCCAUGGAGAACGGCAUGGCCAUACGGAUUUAAAACCCAACGUUUUUUUAUUGGAAGCCGCGGACCUGCUCUACCGCAGAACCUACGACAAGAAAUGCUACUCUUUGGUUGUGUUCAGUGAUUUAAAUGUCAUUACACGCUUUACAAGCGACGACCACCUCCCCUUCAUUAACAGAACUGCCAUUCGGUACGUGUGGUGGGAAACGCUUCAUUCUCAGUAAUCCAAAGGAAAUCGUUGUAAACCAGCAUGUCCGGCACCAUCAAACCAUACGGUGUUAGGCCAGGGGUCUCCCAACUCCAGUCCCGGAGAGCUCCUGUGGCUGCAGGUUUUCAUUCUAACCCUUUUCUUAAUUAGUGACCAGUUUUUGCUGCUAAUGAACUAUUUCCAUUUAUUUGAAUUGACUUUUCUUGACCGCUGAAUUGAUUUUUUUUUUUUUUUCCUUAAACAUAAAUUUGAUGUGAAGCGAGUUGGGGCCUCGGACUCCAACCAACUUCACUUCAUUCACUUUCUUCAUUUGAAGCCCAUUCUCGUUGCUUAUUAACUCUUUAAGGGCUAAUUAUUAUUAUUUUUUUCUUUUCUCCCAGGGCAGAAUAUUUUUUUUCAAAAAAAAAAAAAUAUGCAGUUUUCUAAAACGCAUACAAAGCAAUGGUUUCACACACAGCGCAACAUAAAAUAUUUUAUUUACAACAAAUUUCAUUGUGUUUUUAUGUUCCAUGAGCCUGUCCUGUAAGUUAAUUCACGUACUUGUUACAAACAUAUUGCAUGGACCCGUUUGUCUUAUCACUCAUACGCUGAUGGGCACUUUCUGGAAAAAAACAGCUACCCGUCUUGUUUUUUUUUCAAUUUCCAGUUUGCUUGCAUCAAAAUUGGAGUUUGAUAAGUCAGAGUCCGAUUUUAGCACAAUUAAGGCAAAAACAAAUUGUGUUUUCCUUUGCACAUUCACUUUGCUGUCUCGCCCAGCGUCUCUGCCAUUCCAGAUGUUGUUUACUCUGUGCCAGGGGUCCCCCAAAUCUGAGGCCGCAGUGGCUGCACGUUUUCAUUCUAACCAUCUCCUUAGUUAGUGAUCAGUUUUUGCUGCUAAUUCACUUCUUUUGCCUUUGUUUAAAUUCACUUGACUCAGGCCCCCUUAGUUGUUUCUUUUUCCGUAAUUAGCAGCCAAACAACGAGACCCAAAACAAGCCGCCACAUGACCUGCUCACCUGUGCCCAUCACACAAUAUGUGAAAAUAAAGAAAAGGUGACAGUCUCAGUAGAACAGAAAAUCAACAGUUUUGGAAAUGUCUGCUGUGGCAGAAUGAGAGCAGCAACAGGCCAUGGAAUUAAAUGAUGGGUUCAAUGAACAGCGAGAAUCAGCAUCUCAUUAAAAAAGUGGUUGGAGUUUGAACCCCCAGUUUAAUUGGUCAUCUGUCAGCUCGUUUCACAUCUCAUUUCUGUUUGGCUGUCAUUUAAUGAAGAACAGAAUCAAUUCAGGGGACUCAAUCCUUAAAAAUAGGUAUAAGAAAAGAAGUUACUUAGCAGUGAAAACGGGUCACUUAUUACGAAAAGGGUGAGAAUGAAAACCUGCAGCCACUGCGGCCCUCCAGGACCUCAGAUUUGGGGAACCCCUGGACUUGACUAACACUUCCUAUUGCACGCUAAGCCAGGAGGGAGUGGGCGGGGCCAGGUGCACGGACACCAGAAGUGAUGUCAGAGGCGGUGAGGCUGUCAAUCAUCUGGUCUGUAGAGUUGUUGGUAUAGAGCACCACCUGCUGGAGUGGUGAGGAAUUACCUUUAUGGUGUACACAUGUGGGACAGUUCAGUUCCAGACCACCCAUUGUGUAGUCAGAUCUUUUUUUUAAAACUUCCUAUGGAGUUUUCCUGCCUUGCACCUUUUGCUUGGUAGGGAUUGGCUCCAGCUUCCCUCCAACCCAGCUCAGGAUAAAUCAGGUUUAUAAACUGGGUGGAUAUGUUCCUGAUUGGACAUCUUAUAUGUAUUUAUCAGGUGACGAUACGCUCACCUUGGGUUUUAAUUGGAAUUCUCUUUGGGCGUCUGGAUGGUGGCAUGCAUCAUGAGGGGCGAGUCAGGACAGAGCAGGGGCAUUCUUGACUGUCCCAACAGCUAAACCAAAAUGCAAACGUGACGCGACUCUUACCGGGUGACAGACAGUCGGGAGAAGUCCGUUACAAGGAAAUGCUAAUAAACUGUCGUCGGUGAGGACAUCCAUGAAUGAUCACACACGGUCGUUGUCUUCUCCAAUGUCGGCCACUUUAGCUUGGGACUCCUUCAGUGUUCUUGGUGGCCUCACCUGCUCACCAUCUUCAGUUUUUGUGGUCUGCCUGCCCAAGCGGACUUAUUGACACAUGCAAAAAAAAACAAUAAUAAUAAGGCUUCAGCCCCCUACUCACAUUUUCUUGUUAUUCAAUACUGGAUCACACAGAAAAUUAAAUGUGAAAAUAUAAAAAAACAAUUUGGAUUGCAUAAGUAAUAAUUAUAAUCAUCUUCUUCUUCAUUCGGCUGCUCCCAUUAAGAGUUGCCACAGCGGAUCAUCUUGUUCCUUAUCUUCCUGUCCAGAAGUAAUAAUUCAUAAGUAAUGUAAUUGAAUGAGAGACAGGAGCAGCCUAUUGGAUUUAGAAGUUCUGCCUUUAGUUCAGUGGAGACCACCUGUCUGGGGUGUUAUUUAAUUGGCAGUCAUUGGUAAACUCAUGUGGAGGGUCCAGCUUGUGGUGACUCGGCACAGGGUCUAACUUAAAUUCUUUUAGAAAGCGCCAAAUCUCAUAUAAGUCUUCAAUGUGACACAUCACUGGUCAGACGAAAGGUUAUAAGUCCCAAAUUGAGCUCAGUGAAGGUCACCUGUCUGGGGUUUUGAUUGAUUGUAUCAGGGGGUCCGGCUUGGGGCAAGUCAACACGGUGGUCUACAUUAAAAUAAAUUAUAAAACCCCAAAUCAUUGAUCUUGUAAGUCUUGUGUGUGUUCACCUCCUUCAUAUCACCAGUCAGCCAGUUGGUUAUAGAAGCCCCCAUCAUGAGCUCAGUGGAUGUCUCCUGUCUUGGGUUUCAGUUUGUUGAAUCUAAAUGUCCAGCUUGUGGGCAAGCAUUACGGUGGUCUAAAAUAAAUACAAUUAUACAACACCAAAUAAUCAAUCAUGUUAAGUUUCCACCUCAGUUAAUGUGGCACAUCGGCCCAGUUUUAGAAGUCCCAUCAUGAGCUCCAUGGAGGUCACCUGUCUGGGGUUUUGAUUGAUUCUAUCAGAAGGUCCACCUUGUGCUGAGUCAAUAUGGGGGUCUCAUUUAAAUUUAAUUAGAAAACUCCAAAUAACUGAUCUCAUAAGUAUGUACCCCCUUGACUCUGACACAUCACUGGUCCAACAAUUGGUUUUUGAAGUCCCAUCAUGAGCUCAGUGGAGGUCACCUGUCUGGGGUUUUGAUUGAAUGUAUCAGGGGGUCCGGCUUGGGGCAAGUCAACACGGUGGUCUACAUUAAAAUAAAUUAAAAGAUCAAUGAUUUGGGGUUUUAUAAGUUUUGUGUGUGUUCACCUCCUUCAUAUCACCAGUCAGCCAGUUGGUUUUAGAAGUCCCAUCAUGAGCUCCAUGGAGGUCUCCUGUCUGGGGUUUUGAUUGAUUGUAUCAGGGGGUCCGGCUUGGGGUGAGUCAACACGGUGGUCUAGAUUAAAAUAAAUUACAAGAUCAAUGAUUUGGGGUUUUAUAAGUCUUGUGUGUGUUCACCUCCUUCAUAUCACCAGUCAGCCAGUUGGUUUUAGAAGUCCCAUCAUGAGCUCCAUGGAGGUCUCCUGUCUUGGGUUUCAGUUUGUUGAAUCUAAAUGUCCAGCUUGUGGGCAAGCAUUACAGUCGUCUAAAAUAAAUACAA